CGUCGUCGUAGUACCUCUUGUUUGUUUCAUCAUCUUUGCUGCAGCUGCCUAUUGGGAUGGACGUGGAGGAAGCUUUUCAGGUGGUCGGGGAGUUCGGCGCCUACCAGAAACGAGCCGUCGCCGUCCUGGCUCUGACCCAGGUGUACAUGGCGUGCCAGUCCAUGUUGGUGGUUUUGGUGGGAGCGUCUCCAGAGGUGCACGUGGAGAAGCAUGACGGCGUUCAUUCACCGGUCACAUUUUUCGGGGACGUGGACUCCAUUGUGACGGAGUGGCUCCUGGUCAAGCAGCAGUCCUACAAGGUCAGCUUGGCUGGAUCGCUAUUCUUCGUUGGCCUCCUGCUCGGGAGCUUCGUUCUCGGGCCUCUCUCUGACACCGUCGGCAGGAGACCGGUCUACCUGACGGCGCUGUUCCUGGAGGUGCUCCUGGGUUACGUGACGGCGGCGUCUCCGAGCUACGAAGUGUUCGCCGCCUCUCGACUCCUGGUGGGCCUGAUGAACGGCGCCAUCGGCCUGGUCUGCUUCAUCCUCACGCAGGAGUACGUGGGCAAGUCCUACUGGGCCGUGACUGGGACGCUGACGAGCAUGACGUUUGCGGUGGGCAUCGCCCUCUUUGCGGCUCUGGGUUUCGUCAUAAGGCCAUGGAGGACGCUCGCGACAGCGGCCAACACUUGGGGAGUCCUCUGCUUCCUGCUGUCCACGUGUGUGCCCGCGCUGUCCACAACGCUUCCGGAGUCUCCUCGCUGGCUCUACUGUCGCCGUCACACCCGGCGGGCGCAGGAGGUGAUGCGCUACAUGGCUCUGAUGAACGGUCGCCCUGCGCACAAGCUGACCUUGCGGCCGGCCGGAGGCGGCUCGGGCGGCUCAGGCGGUUCGGGCAUCCUGCAGCUGGCCACUCAUCCUCUCCUCCGUCUCAGGACGUUCCUGCUCAUGUAUGUCUGGUACGCGUGCAGUCUGGUGUAUUACGGCCUGACACUGGGCGCCGGGGAUGUGUCGGGAAACCGUUACCUGAAUGUGGCCAUGUCUGGCCUGGUGGAGCUGCCAGCCUACCCGCUCUGCGUCUAUUGCAUGAACCGACCCUGGGCCGGCCGGAGGAAGAGUUUGUCGGCUUUCUUAUGUUUGUCUGCGUGGGCCUGCCUCGGCGCCAUCUUCAUUCCAGAAGACGCGGAGACGUCACUGGGUGUGACCUCCUUGGCGCUGUUAGGAAAGCUGACGGUGAGCGCGGCCUUCAACAUCGUGUACGUGUACACGUCAGAGCUGUACCCCACUGUGGUCAGGAACGCCGGCCUGGGAGUUUGUGCCAUGUCCUGCAGAGUAGGAGGAAUUCUUGCUCCCUUUGUGCCUUCCAUGCGGGCAUUGGCCGCGGCGGUGCCUUUCAGCGUCUUCUCUUUGAGCGGCUUCUCCGCUGGCGCUUUGGUGCUCCUGCUGCCCGAGACCCUUGGCGCGCCACCGGCGCACACACUAGAACAGCUCCAACCCGGCAGCCGCCGAGUCCUGGAGAACAAGAAACUGCACGGGAACAAAUGUGAAUCGAGAAUGGCUGGACGUUGUCGAGUGUGUUGCCGCCACGCUCUGAAGCGCACUCGCAUCUCCAACUUUGCCCAAAACUCGAGACCAAACCGUUGCUACAGUGGUGGCUGGUUUCUGGAAAAACUCCCAAGUUAGGGCAAGUGACGGACGGCGCUUGCGUUUUAAGGCGUCACUACAAUGAACAGUAUGAAUAAAAAAAGCGCGAGGAAUUGUGACAAUUUGGUGGACUUGAAUAGUUGGUGAUGUGAGUCAAGGUAAAGACACGAUGAUUGUCACACACAUCUGGGUGUGGUGAAAUUUGUCCUCUGCAUUUAACCCAUCCCCUAGGGGAGCAGUGAGCAGCGGUACCGCGCUCAGGAAUCCUUUGGUCAUCUAACCCCCAAUUCCAACCCUUGAUGCUGAGUGCCAAGCCAGGGAAGCAAUGGGUCCCAUUUUUAUAGUCUUUGGUAUGAACCCACAACCUUCCAGUCUCAGGGCGAACACUUUACCACGAGGCCACUGAGCAAUGACCCUGGCGCUCAUUUCAGGUUGUGAUAGUUUGCUACAUGCUUCUUUGCUGCUCCUCCUCAGCCUCUCCUCUACCAAGAUGACAAAUAGCAACCCGCAAAUAUCUGACUGCUCACCGGACCUCCGACUGGCUACUGUUCUUCCCUUCCGAGUGUGCGGGACCAGUGGGGUAGGCGCCCAACAUUGCAGAAGAGCUUUUUUGCAUUGCUGCAUCGAAUUGUUUCACAAUGAAACCGGUUUCAAUGGUGAUAUUUAUUAGUCACAUGUACACGUAUUCACUAAAUUGUCCAUUUUUUGCAUGAAAAGUUGUCUUUUUGUAACCCUUAUAACAGAAUGCUGUAUUUGGACAAAUGGGAACACGUACAACAUAUUGUCAAUGUUUCCCUGUCUUGAUGACCAGGGAACGGCUGAAACCUACCAUUGACUGAAUUGGAAGUUGUUUACAGUCUGUCCAUCAUAGGGAGCAUCAUAUUUGAUCUCAGAGGCAAAUUUGAUAUUGUUGAUAAAAAUUCAUCUAAAUGUCUUCGUCAUGAUUCAACAGUGAUUUAACUGAUUUUGGAUAAUAAUACUAAUACAUUUUAUUUGUAAGGCGCCUUUCAAGGCACUCAAGGUCGCCAAUAAAGAUAAGAAUGCUAGUGCCCCAAUGGAAUACGUAUUGAAAAGAAGAAAAUGAAAAGGUGACAUGAACAGACAUAAAUGUGAAUGCUAUAUUGAUCAAAUGAUGGAUUCUCUCUUGUUGCCUGUUUUGUCAGUUCUAUUUGUGUUGUGCGUUUUGAAAAAUUGCUCAAAAGUAAAUUAAAAUAAAACAAAAGGCGAAACACAAAGUG